AUGUCCGGUGUUAUUCAAGGAGUGCGCUCCGUGGCCAAGUCACCGCUGGCUGAUGGGGGAGAGACCAGAUACGACCUCUUUCUUCCGCAGCAAACAGAGCUCCACAAUUGGGAGGGGGCGGAAGAAGAAGGGUUGGUGGUUGUCCCCGACCUCUUCUGA